UUUGUGGGGAGAGAGAAGUUGAGUUACUGAAGAACUCUUUUUCUAACUUUAUUAUUGAAGGAUCCUGGAGCUGGAGGCCAUGUUGUUUGAGGCUCUGCAACAGGAGGAGGAGUCCAGGAUGGAGGGAUUAAAGAUGGAGGGUCGUCUGUCUGAAACACUGACGGAGGAAGAGAGGGAGGAGCUUAAGAGAGCAAUGGACCAAUGGAAACGGAGUGUGAUGUUCGAGCUGCGAGAGAGAGACGCCCAGAUCCUCAGAGAGAGGAUGGAACUACUGCAACUCACACAACAGAGAAACAAGGAGCUGGAGGAAUUUAUAGAAGCACAGAAACGACAAAUAAAAGAGUUGGAAGAGAAGUGUCUAGGCCCCAGAGUCCAGCAGCUGAACACUCAGCAGGAUCAGACCAAACGACAGGAGGACUCAGAGGAUUCAGAGUUUGGGACCAGCAGCGUACUGACUGAGGCACGUUGGCUUCACUGCCCCACUGACCUGCCUCUGGCUGUUGUCAGCCAAUCAGAGCAGAGCCCAGCUGUCAGCUGACUCUGGAACUACACCGUCACACCUCAAGGACGGCAACAGAUGAACGCUGUGUUUCUGACAAGUGACCAGCAACCGGCAACGUCCUAACUAGCUUCCUGUUAGCUACUGUUAGCUACACCUGAUAUGCAGCUUACAAACACACAUUCUGGCCUCAGGGGCCAUCUGGACCAACGUGGCCUCAGAAGGCCCGCCGGACUGACGUGGUGCUGACCUCAUACAGUUUUAGCUCAGCUGGCUGAUUUUAAAUAUAUCUGGCAAAGUUAGCUGAAUUCAUCCAGCUAACGCAGCUAGCUGACGUCAGUGUUCAGGGGGCUGAUGGUCAUCAGGUUAACGAAGCUGCAGAGACAGACAGGUGGGGGAACUAGUUCAGGAAAGUGGUUACUAAGUUACCUUGAUGAGUUGAAUCACAGUAGAAACCAAUAGAAACUGUUGGAGCCUUCUUGUCUGUCCUGAUAGAAGUUCAGUUGAAUUUAACUUUGUUCUGAUUGGCUGGAGAGGGGUUAACACUGUCCAGCCUCUCAGCUGCACUCUGGAUCUGUGGAUCUGAGGUUACAGUGUGUAACCUUCAUUUAGUUUCAGCCCGCUAGAAUCACCACGGGACCAAAACCUGAUGAAGGAUACGCGUCUUCAUGACGUCAGGAGGUCUGAUGGAGCUCAGAGCUGCUGAACUGUUCAAGAGAACACAUCUGAAGAAGCAUGAAGACACGUCAGGUUCAGGAAGGAACCUGCUACAGGGUUUACAUGGGAGCCGGUCUUUGAACCAGAUCAUAGUGUGGGGAGAUUUCACAGUAAAGUACAACGUCAGUUCUUCACAGACCUACUGAAUAAUGGAGAAUAAUUUCACAAAACAAAUAUCUUACAUAGAAAUGAUAUAAUAAUACAAAGAUUAUCAAUAUUAUUAUAUGAAUUCUUCAUUUUACUCUGCUACUAGAGAUAAUCAGGACAUUUGAUAUUGAAAUGAUGAUCUGAUCAAAUGAAAUCUGACAACAGGAAGUGAGUUAAAGUUAAGAACAGAAAUAAAAAGUAAAUAAUGCCUUAAGAUUCGUAGUUUGGUUCGUUUUCUGCAUGUCAGAAGUUUCAAAUUAAUUUCAAGCCACUCUCAUUCCCAGGUCACGUUUCAGCGUCUGGUACCAACGCACAUGGCGCCCUUUAGCGCCAUAGUUCAACGCUGAAAGUGCUAUGACUAAAAGAGCAGUCAGAGUAAAGAGGUUGGAUGGUGGGACAAAGACUUUAACCAGGAGACCGGUGUUUGUUUUCUGUGUAAAACAAAAAGUCAACAUUGAUUGUUUUUAGUGAUGCGUAACUGACAUAAGUUAUGUAAGUAACAUAGUUAUUUUAACAACAUUUACAGCUUGCUUUAUUUUGAAAGUCUUACCAGACAUAUUUAUUCUUGCUAACCUGACAUGCACAAAAAUAAUGCUAAAGGGUUCCCAAGGCGUUAAAGAGUGACGCCACGGGGUCUGACCAAGCGUCCGUAUGUGAGGAGUUGGGAAGAGAAGGGGUUGUUCAUUUUGGGAGCGAUUUGUCAUUUCAAUAUCAAAUUCCUUUGUUUUUCUUUCCACUCUUCACUCUGAGGUGAUGACGGAACCUGAUUUAUUCACCGUGUGAAAUGUUUCCUCUGUGUGAAUUAUCUUCUGUUGUCCUGCAGCGUCCGCAGAGCUAAACUGAACCAACACAGCGUUUAAGAAACCGGACCCUGCUGCUGUACUUUUAUUAUUCCAGAUGAUAUUUUUCUA